AUGCGUGUUUUCUCGCUGGCCCUGGUCAGCCUUGGGGCCUUUGGCAGUGCCGCCCCGACUCGGGUUGAGCCCCAGGCGGUGGAGGCCAGGCAAUACGGACUCGGCCCUCCGACGGUGACGUUGAUUCCCGGCAAACCAUCCCUUCCGAUAUUCUGGCCGGCGCCUUCGACACCUACCACCAUCCUCAAGCCGGGUAAGAGAGAAGAGUCUGCCCCGAUUAAAAAAGCCCCGGAGAGGCGCACCGAGGACAUUGAGCUCAAGGCUCUUCAUGAUGCCUACUACGUGCUCCUGAAGCCCUACGACGAGAACAAUCACCCUUCCUUCGGCGUAUACCUCAUUCUUCUCCAUCUUGCCGACAUUCUCUCCUCGAAGGGUAUCACCGUUGAUACAUUCAUCCUAGGCGAAGCCAAGACCACCUUUGGCAUCUCAUCAAAGCGGCAGGUCUUCACCAUCGGUGGAUGCCGUCCUCAGGAUGUUAUCGGUCUGCGAGCCACCCUGACAAGCCUGCUCAUCAUCUACGGCCCUCAACCCCCGUACGAGAUCUGGAACCUCGAGCAAGCCAUCAUCGCUGCCCUCAUUGCCUGCGGUGAGAAGGUUGAAGCUGGGCCCAUCGUUCCUGAGGUGCCCGUCCCAGGCGGCCCGAUCAAGCCUGAAGUUCCGGUGCCCGGUGGUCCUAUUGUACCCGAGAAUCCUGUGCCUGGCGGGCCUCUUGUGCCUGAGCAGCCGGUGCCUGGUGGUCCCAUCAAGCCCAGUAACUGA